AACAAGUCUUCUAAUGAUCCAAUGUAUUGUAUAAUCCAGUUGUUAUUGUCAACUCAUAAAAAAGUUUGAAUGUAUGUUUCAGCAUUAAUUAUUAUUGUAAAACUGAGAAUAAUUGAACUUGAUUUGAUUUAUAAUACACUUCAAAAGAGUUUAUAUAUAUAUACAAAUUCCUUUAUGUUUAGUAAGUGUUUUAUUGGAUUUUCCAAAUAACAAAACAAAUAACUGAUCAGUCAUAAUGAAAUGAGAAAAAAAGAUCAAAUGAUUGGAAUACAUUAUAUGAUAAACGUUAUUUAAUUCGCUAUGUGAACUGUUUAAAUCAUCACAUUCAAGUGCUGUAUGUUUUCAUUUAAUUUUCAUACAAGUUUACAUAUAGAUUUAAGAUAAUUCUAAUGAUAUAUGCAUUAUUAUUGUCGAAAAUAACUGAUUACAUUUUUGAUAGGAUGCAAGUAUCCGAUUGAUAUUUGUUAUCCACUUGGAUAUAUACGUUGUUGAAGAUAUGUGGAACCGGAUUUGGAUAUUAUACUACAUUUUAUGGAUAACCAGUAUGUAUUUGUGCAUUGAAGCCUCCGAAAUUACUAUACUGUCUCUAAAAGAGGCUGAGAUACUUCGAGAAAAAGUAAAAAAUGAAUGUGAACUCAAUAGAACAUUGGACGAGAAAUCUAAAAUUUAUUUUCAAACGGAAUACUGUCUUACAGAAUUUGAUUCAGUAUCUUGCUGGCCACCAACAAAGGGUGGAACAAUUGCUAAAAUACCUUGUCCAUCUCAUGUUCCAGGCGUUAAAAUAACUGGAAUGGUUUAUCGCCCAUGUAACCUAACUAUCAAGACACAAGAUUUAAAUGGGAGAAACACUAUUUUUUGGAAAUUCGAUAGAUCCAAUUAUAGUGAUUGUGUACAUCAUGAAGAUAUAAUGGCGAUCCAUUUGCCUAUCAUACAAACUUCCGUAUUUUAUGGUUACGCAAUAUCUAUGAUUUUAUUACUAAUAGCUACAGGAAUAAUUUUACGCUUUCGACGUCUCAGAUGCACGAGGAAUAAUCUACAUUUGAAUUUGUUUAGUGCAAUUUUGCUACGAUGUGUCUUACAUUUUAUAAAGCACGCAGCAGACGGUCAAGGGGUUAUUUGCAAAAUAUUCACUACUCUUCAUGUGUUUACAAUUGAAGCAACAUAUUCUUGGGUACUUAUGGAAGCACUUUAUCUUCAUAACAGUGUUCUUGUUCAUGUAAUGCAUGAAAGUAGGACAUCUUUUAUUCUUUAUGCUUCUAUAGGAUGGUCCCUCCCAAUAUUGGUAAUUACUGUAUGGGUUUUAUUGAGAAUAUUCGUGACAACAGGUGAUCAGUGCUGGGAUUUAGACAUUGGUUCUGGUAGCCCAAGUAGAAUACUUUUAAUUGUAUAUCCAGCAAUAAUUAUGUUGUUUAACUUGGCAUUUUUUAUCAACUUAUUACGGGUGAUAUUUAACAAAACACAAUCGCAACCAAUGAGUGAUGCCAAACGUCUAAGAACCUUGUUGAAAUCUACUUCUGUGCUUGUUAUUGUAUUUGGUCUAUAUCAUCUAUUUUUAAUACCGUUAAAUUUAAUGCAAAUUAAUACUCAUACUAAUGGACCUGGGUUACUUGAAAUAAUUAAACUUUAUUAUGAACAGAUAAUGGAAGCUUUUCAGGGUUCAUUUGUUGCCAUUCUACUUUGUUUUAUCAAUAAAGAAGUAAGUCGUAAUAAACGUAAUGUGUUUAUAUUCAUUGAUGUUUACUCCUCUGACAAAAUAUCAUUUCAUCAGUGUUAAGUAAGUAUAUUAUUAUCUAACUAUACCCUCUCACAGUUCAGUUUGUAUAUUAUAAUGUUGAGCAACUUUAGUCAAACCACCGGUAAACACCGAGCGGUAGCAAACAGCUAUUUUGUUCUAGCAGAGAACUCAACAUUGUUCAUACACGACUGAAACAAUGAUGAAACAUUGAGCUUUGGGUUCACAAUUUGAGCACAUAACCUAUUAGCUACUGCUUUUACAUCCAAUAUUCCACUUUUCCGACCUUGGUUAAUUAUCUAUGAGACAGUUAUUAUCGAUGAUAAUGUUUGCUGCUCGUGUAAUAUCACAAACUUGAAAGCUGUACGAAAAUUCUGGGCUUAAUUGUUAAAGAGUUCAACGACAAGAUGCAUUGACUGUCCACAGUCCUCCAUUUUUCUAGCAUUUAUCAGUCCACGAUUAAAACCUUAGACUAAACAUUGCUUAUACAGUAUUCUAUUCAUAUAUAGAGGUAUAAUUUGAGCUAAAACUCUCCUCAACAAAAGACAAAUUAUUUUAAAACUAUUUCUGCAUAUGUACAUAUUGCCUUAAAUAAAAUUAUAGCUGCUGAGCUAAAUAAUAUUGUUAAUUAGACUUAUGCACAUGACCUGGUGGAAAAGUACUUCUAAGGGUAAACGAUAGUACAAUUGGUUGAUUAAUGGGAGCUGCUGAGAUGGUUCAAAGGUAGAUGAAGGAUUUCGAUAACAACAAUUUUUUUUCAAUAUACCCUAACCUCAUUUUGUUACUUAUAACUAUAAUUUGAUGGAUAGCUGGCAAUCUUACCACCAGUCCGUUAGUCAUAAGCAACUUAACUUCACACAAGUUCAACCAUAUAUUCCUAAGAAAAACAAAUAGGGUACAUGUAAAUUCAUAUGACUUGAAUUUAAUAUUUUGUAAUGGAUCAUCUAUUUUCACAAUAAUUAUGUAUACACUAAAUUUUCAAUAAAUCCUUGUCUGUUAUAUUACAGGUUAUCUCUGAAUUUAAGCGUGUUUAUCGACGUAAACAAUAUCUUCAUAGUAAUACAGAAAAUCGGCGUCAAAGUGUUUGGUUCAAUAAUCAAGAUAUGACAUAUGAACCUGGUGAACGACAAAUAGAUAUUAAUCCUGGAAUUAAAUUAUCAAAAAGCUCAUCUUUCAGUUUAAAACAAAAACCUUUUACUGAUAGAUUUCAUAAAAUAAUAAAACAUCGGUCGAAUGAUAAGUUUCGAAGACCAUCUGGUCUAAGAAGACCAUCACCACUUUGUCGAAAUAGCGCAAUAAUAACAUAAUAAAAAUAUUUUAAAUAAUAUUACUUGCAUAAUCUUAAACUUAUAGUAAAAAUUCUUAUAGAUAUUGUUAAUACUUAUCAUCCAGGAUAUUUUCAAUCUUUAUUUCCUUCUGAUACUAUCUAGUUAAGUUCAGCUUUCCUUCUAUAUAAAACAGACAGAGUUAUCUAAGAUGUAUAAAAUUCAAUUGAUAAAGAUACACAGAAUCUACUUCUUACGGUUCCAAAAAUUUAGAUAUUAAAUGAUAUAGGUUUGUUCGAAUUAUUGACGAUGAUGAUGUUGAUGAACAUGUUUUGUAUAAAUAAGCAUAAGCCAUUCAAAUGAAUUACAUUUUAUUUGAUUAUUAAAGUUUAUAUCUUGUUGAAUACUUCUGUUUGUUUUUUUAUUUUACCAACUUCACUGCUGUACAAAAGAUGAUUUCUUUAAAAUUAAUUGAAUGUAAAACUAGUAUUGUAUUAUUUUGAUAUUAAAAAGAAAAUAAUAAUAAAAAUAAAUAAUCUAUAUCGAUUUU